ACGUGCGUGGAUUAAUUUUAACCCAUUCGUUCUGAGUUUAAAACCCAAUUUCGUGUGGUUGGUUUCCAGGGGGUUGUCGAGCGGGGCCGCGGGGUGUCAAAAUUGGCGUGCAAAAAGAAAAUUUGUUUGGAAACAAAAAGCGAAGAAAAUCCGCUCGCAGGACGAAUCUUCCGAAUAUUUGCUAAUUUCGUGGCUUCCCGGCCAGAUUCCACUCUCGAUACUUGUGUACACGAUCGAAGGCCAUUUCAGUUUGAUAUUUUCACACCGGUCCAGCCGCAGAUCACUAUGGUGACGAUUGGAGAAGCCUUUGUGCCGGUCGAGGGAGUAAUUUUUACUACGUCCGAAGUAAAGUUAAAAAUCGGGAACGACGUUGUUCCCUCGCGGGGUUCCCUUUACCUGACCGAGCGAGCGUGCAUCUGGAGCUGCGAGGAACGCAACAGCAGCAUUUCGAUUCCCUGGCCGAGGGUGGGAGUGCAGGCCAUCUCGAGCGAACCGGACGAGGGCGUGUUUGUGAUGCUGGACAUUAAUCUCGUCUGGCCGGGCUUCUACCAGGGCCAGCCGGAAAACAACGGCAACGCACAUCCGGAGGACGAGGAGGGCGAAAACGAUGAAGGCCACGAGUCCGAUGCGUCCGAAGCGGCCAUGACGGAGAUGUGGUUCCAGCCGGGCAACGCACAGACCGUUUCCGACAUCUACCAGGCGAUGCGCGCUUGCCAGAGCCUUAACCCGGGCUCGGAUGUCAGCGAAGACGAUUACAUGGAAGCGGAGGUAGAUGAGCUGGAUGAGGUCGGUGAGAUGCGGAACCUGCAGCUCGAUGAUGAGGAUAAAUUCGCCGACGCUGAAGAGUGAAUCAAUCGGAUCUGAAAUCGCACCCUAGAAUGUACAUUUAUAAGUAAGGUUAAGGCGAUAGCUGCAGCAGCCAGGGUCAAGGCCAAGCAAAGCGGAAUAGUUGAGAUGAGUAGCGUUGGAAAAAGGAAGAGGAUGCUAAGGAGAGAGAAAGAUUCGCUAAAAUUCCAGUGGGAAAUGAAGAGACGCUUAGUAGCUCUUCGAAUCGCCAUUUAGAGGUAACCGUCAAGUAUCGAUUAACAAACGCGCCCUUUCUCAGAGAUGCUCUGAGGCUCAUUAGAUCUACGAAUUUCAGCUGAAGCAAAAAUGUUGGUCGUCGUAAGUUGAUUUAAACAAAAAAAGUGGAAAAAAUGAAAUUAAAUGAAAUCGUAUCCGUGCUGGAUGGAUAAUUG